AUGACUCGCAUUAAGCUGGCUUGCUUUGACGUUCUACACACACUUAUCACGCCGAGACAGCCAAUUCACGUCCAAUAUGCCGAAGUAUUCAAGGCCUAUCGACUAGGGAGUUUACGACCAGACGAUGUGAAGAGGUCGUUCAAAGUCGCCCUAAAAUCUGUACAGAAAGAUUUCCCUGCUUACGUGCAGGGACAUGUUCCUUGGUGGACUGAAGUGAUCAGGCGUACAGCUCUGGGAGCUGGUGCGGAUCCGAAGGUGGUGGAAUCUGACAUCGAAACUAUCACACACCGCCUCCUUACACGAUUUAGCUCUCGAGAAGGGUACAAAGCGUUUGAGGACGCGAUCCCCACCCUUCAAAAACUUCACGAGGCAGGGGUUAAGACUGCCAUUGUGAGCAAUGGAGAUUCAAGGUUCCGCCAGGUUCUGGAAGAUUUGGAGUUUCCAAUGGCAGACUUGCAACCAUUCCUUCUAAGUGAAGAAUGCAAGAUUGAAAAACCUGACCCUAGGAUCUACGACCUUGCUCGAGAGGCGUUCAACUUGGCUCCAGAGGAAUGUCUCCAUGUUGGAGACGAAUUAGAAGCUGAUUAUUAUGGCGCAUCGAACGCGGGAUGGAAAGCGCUACUAUUGCGCAGACCGGGUACGCUUGGGGAGCAUGAACACAAGGAAGUCAAUGAGGAUCUCUCGGACGUAGAGGUAGUAUCGUGUCUCGGAGACACUCUCGCACAAUUGAACACAGCAUGA